GGGAACGCAGAGCGAGUAGCGUCGUUUCCGUUGCCGGCUGUUUGCAGUUGGGGAAACCGAGGCAGACUCCAGCUUCCCCUAGUUCUUCCGCUCCUGUGAGGAAAAAAAAUGUUUAUUUCUUUGUGGGACUUCUUCUAUGGGCACUUUUUUCGAUUUUGGAUGAAAUGGCUCUUACGACAGAUGACUGGAAAGUGUGAAUUGCAGCGAAUUUUUGAUACCUAUGUAGGUGCACAAAGGACACACAGGAUAGAAAAUUCCUUGAUGUACUCCAAGAAUAAGGUUUUACAGAAAGCAACACUUGUUGUUGAGAGUGAAGUGGACAAGUGCAUAGAAGAUAUAAUGAGAGAAAAGAAUAUCAACCCUGAGAAGGAUGUCAGUUUUAAAGUCUGCAUGAAGGCAUGCUUACUGCAGAUAUCCGGUUACAGACAGCUCUAUUUGGAUGUCGAAAGUGUGAGAAAAAAACCAUAUGAUUCUGAUAACCUGCAACAUGAAAAACUGCUUCUCAAGCUUUGGAAUCUUUUAAUGCCCACGAAAAAAUUGAAGGCUAGAAUCUCCAAGCAAUGGGCUGACAUUGGUUUCCAGGGUGAUGAUCCCAAAACGGACUUCAGAGGCAUGGGCAUACUUGGAUUAAUCAACCUUGUGUAUUUCAGUGAAAAUUAUACCAGGGAAGCUCAUCAGAUUCUUUCCCGAUCAAACCAUCCAAAAUUAGGGUAUUCUUAUGCAAUAGUUGGAAUCAAUCUGACAGAGAUGGCUUAUAGCUUACUGAAGAGUGAAGCUUUGAAAUUUCAUCUCUACAAUUUUGUUCCUGGUGUACCAACAAUGGAACACUUUCAUCAGUUUUAUUGUUAUCUUGUAUAUGAAUUUGACAAGUUUUGGUUUGAAGAAAAGCCAGAAAGCAUUAUGUAUUUCAACAUAUAUAGAGAGAAGUUUCAUGAAAAGAUUAAAGGACUCUUACUGGAUUAUAAUGUAUCACUUACUUUAAAAAUAUGAAUCAUUCUUAGUAUCUUCUAUUUCUACCACAUUUUGCACACACAACAGAAUUUAUAUGUUGUAAUAGAAAUUAUCUGAUCAAUUACACUACGUAUAUAUAAUUUCCUACAGAAAUAUUUCAGAAGUUCUAUUUAAGAAAGCUAGUGGACAAUCAGUGUAUGUUUACAGUUGUUUAUACACUGUCCUCCAAAGGUACCUUAUCCUUCCAAAGAUCCCCUUUGUGGAGUCAUAGGAACUACAGUUUGGAACUUGGGACUUAACCCAUUUAGUAUGAAAGUACAAAUCAGGUAUUUGUAUUGAAUUGGUUGAUUAAAAUGUAUAAAUAUCAGUUUUCACUUUUAUGUGUUGUAGUUCUCAAGUUGGUAUCUUUGCAAAGCUCUUAACAUGUUUUGUUUUUGAAUUUGGAAAUAAUUGUUCUUUAUUUCCUUUCUCUUAUUUUAUUUGUAGGUUAAUUAGGGGGGAAGGUGGUUCUUCGUGUUUUUUUCAUUUGACUCUCAGUCACAUGUCAGUGUUGCUUCAUUAGUAGCAACAUGUCAGAGAGGAGGAAGAACCUUUUUGGUUUGCCUGACUAUUUAGCAUAAUAGAUAAGAGAACAACAGUAUUGGUGACUAGCUUUUUUGUUUUUAAACACCACACUUUGAAAUAUUGCAAUGUUAUUUUAAAGCUUAAAGACAUUUUCUCAUAUUCAGUCUUUGCUUUUUGUCAGUUGUAGAAAAGAACCUUAGUUAAUGCUUGGUAUGAGAACCUUUUAUGGGGUUUCUCUACCUGUCUGUGUUUAUGAAAAGAGAUGUAUUUGCUCAGAAUAUCUUGAUUGUAUUCAAAGGACAGUUGCUGUUUCAAUAAAGCUGUCUUUGAACUUAAACAAAAAGAAAACUUAAAGCUUUAUAAAAAUCUCAGUUAAACGUCAUUGGUUUAUUUUGCUUACUGUUAAUUCUUGCUUCUCUGCUUUACUUCAUAGUGUUUCCAGAUGAUGAUGUAUGAACUAUAUGGAUAUUAUCUGAGUUAGCAAUUCGUGGGAUUCUAAAGUAGCCUGAGGAUGAUGAUUGUGCAUUUUGUACAGUUUUAUCCUCCUAAAGUAGCAAGUGUGUUAAGGAUUACAUAGUGAUGAGAUUCUAAUGGGAGUAGUUUGUUCUGCAUAUGUUUUAGCAGAACCAAAAGAGUUUGAAGAUGGGUUCAUAUGAUGAUAAGUUCUCCUUAAGUCCUACAGAAACCUGCCUGUUAAAGACAUAAUUUAAUCUAAAGCAUGACAACAGUUGGUACAUCCUUUAAUAUGGUCUAUAUUAAGUGUUGGAGGACUAGCUCUUAGGUGAUUUAUCAAGACCUGAGACUUUUAAGUAUUGUUCAUGCUUAUUAACAACCCUCUCUUCAAACUUGCCAAAGAGAAGAGUGGUAAAAUAUUUGAUUGGAAAAUAACAGAUGUGGUGUUGUAAGGAAACCUUUGGAGCAGUGGUCACCGACCGGUGGUCCGCGGACCACUGGUGGUCCAUGAGGUCUGAAAGGUUGGCAACCUCUGGUUUAAGGAAACUUUUGGAGUAGUGGUUGCCAACCGUUGGUCCGUGGACCACUGGUGGUCUGUGAGGUCCAAAAGGUUGGCGAUGGUAUAGCACAUUAAAAGUACAUGCAUUAAAAUUAUGAUAAAGCAUUUUAAAAUUGCAAUCAUUUUAAUACAAUCAUGGCAGUUUAGCUAUUCAGUAUUACAGGAGUAUUACAGGAGUUUAAAAGUAUCUUAACUUGAUUUUUUAAAUGUUUUUAAUGCUUUAUCAUCCAACUAGAGUUCUAGUUGUAGCAAAAUCCUGAUGAGGAUCAAGUGUUAACCAUUCAAGUUCCUUUUAUCACAGGGUUUACUAUUACAUGGAAAGCAAUUCUGUUAGUCUUUGAAUUUCAUGUUGAAAAUACUUAACCUUUAUAUUUUAAUCUUUCAACAGCUGAGAUCUUGAACUGAUUUAAAUCUUUGUCGGUAUCUUAAUAAAAGAAUGACUCAAGAA